UCAAUCCCCUCCAAGUUCCUGUUCUCAUUCCUUCCUGCAGAACAGGGAGAAAAAAAGCCGCUCUUAGGCAAGAAUCCUGUUUUAUUUGUGUUCAGACUCCCCCUGCAGUACUGGGCAGCAGGAGGAGGAGACAUGGAAAAGCUCCUGCACCUCAUCUUCUUGGUCACCUUCUCAGCACUAUGCGGGGCAGACAACGUCACGGUGGUGACCGGCCUGGAGGGAGAGACCAUUUCCAUCAGGUGCGCCUACAGCCCCCAGGAGAACAAGUGGCGAGAGAAGAGCUGGUGCAAGCACGUCAACCAGACCGAGUGCCAGCACGUGGUGAGCGCCCACCGCUUCUGGCUCCAGUUCCUGAGGAAGAGGAGCGGCAACACUUCCAUUGCUGACGAUGUCUACAACGGGGUCCUCACGGUGACCAUGAAGGGGCUCCAGAAGCAGGACGCGGGGCUGUACCAGUGCAGGACAGACUUCCUAGGAGAAGCCAGGACCUUACAGAGGGUGAAAGUGCAAGUGUUGGGAGGUCUCAUGGAGACCCAGGCACCAGAAGAGCCCAGAGCUGAGCACAGCAUCUCCAGCCUUCCUGAGACCCAUUUCAACGUCUUCUACAUCUUUGCGGGAUUCCUGGCUGCUAAAUUACUGACAGCCAUACUCAUCUUUAAUGUCGCCAGAAAUCGGGGGACCAGAGCCACAAGGGAAGAGAGCCCGGAGGAAAGCCACAACCUGAACCAACACCAGCUCCUCCCACUCACAGCACAAGAGAACUGAAAGGAUGGUGCAGGCAACCCUUGAACUUGAGAAGAGGAUGGGAGGAAAAAUAAAGGACCCCAAAAGUCCCAGAUUCCCCAGCACCAACGCCCAUGCAGGUAGCAAUGCUGCAAAGACACAGACAGGAGGAGAAAUCCCUCUUUGGCGGGGACCCUUUGCUUGCGACGCCUGGUUUUGUCUGCAAGGCUAACGGAAAGUGCUUCCCUGCAAAAGAACCCAAAGAUGCCACAUUUGACAGCGCGUUCGCCUCAUGCACGAGGGGCACAUUCUCUGGCGUAUCUUCGAAGCCACCGUGUGUCUCGGGGGCAAGGCACAGAGGGUGCAACAGGCUGUGUGAAUUAUGCACCCAGGUGAUGCUCAAUAAAGAGAG